AUGCAGGAGGAGAGCAACAAGCUGAAGGAUGUUGUCAAAUUGGAGCUUCCCCAACAUCUUAAAACACGACCCCCUACCCCACCUGAUAAAUACAUCCAAGUGAGUCCUUACAAACUCCUUUGGGCCAAGGUCAAGUAAGGCCCUGGUCAAAAGUAGUGCAUUAUGUUGGGAAUAGGGUGCCAUUUGCAGACAGUAAUGCUGGACCAUAUGUGACACUGAGGUCGGUUGCAGGUGGGACCCUCUCCCCCAGUUCCCCAGACCACCCAGGCUCAGAUUGGAUGGCGCUCGGCCGUGCCCGAGUUGCAGCUGGAGCGCUAUGGAAAGGUCCAGUGUGGGAAAAAGAGCUUCCUGAAGGAGCUGGGCUGGGCCUUCGACGCCUGCAGCUGA